UAAGUGUCAUUUCUCAAAUAUCGUUGCUCAACUGUACACGCACAUUACGAUUUGCUCCUCAGAAUUUAGCUCCAUAUAUUUCAGUUAAAUAAUCAUUUAUUUCUGCAAGCUUGUUUAGUGGAAUAACAAACAACAUGCUCAAUACUGGAUCUUCAAAGUAUUUGCAGUUGCCUGCCCAUGACUCGACAGACAUUGGUAAACCAAGUCCUUUGGCUCUUCUGGCUGCAACAUGUCAACGAAUUGGUGCUGGAUCACCACGGCCUUCUCAACCUACGAUGAAGUAUCGACCAAGUUCUCCUUCCCCGAGCAUCGGUAAACCUGAGCAACCGACCAGGCGCCCGACUCCACCUCUCGUCUCUGCACCCGUUCGAUCGCCCAUCAUGGCCGUGUCACCAGUCGAGAGAGAGGCUCCUGCUGCUGUCUCCACGUCUCCAGCCGCUGCCUACCAGCUCCCGCUCACUCCGCCAUCAUCGCCUCCACAAGUUGAGAGCAAAGUUUCCCCACCUCCACCCACCAUGAUGAGUGUGCCCGCUCCAGUCAGCAGCCCAGCCGAACGACUCGCCUUCCCCGCUGAGCACCCGGGUCAUCUUCCUCUCCAGCCCGUUCUACACAUGCCGAGCCUGCACUACUCGCCAUACACGAUGGUGGUCCCCAGCAUCACUCCGUAUUCAAGCUGCGUGAGCCAGUGCCGUUGUACUCAUACUCCUCAUCUCCCGGCAGUCCACCCCGUGCUUCUUCCAGCCAGCUCCGUCUCCGGUGCCCCACUCCAUCCAGCAGCUCAGAUGUCGCCACCCUUGUCGUUUGGACACUAUCUGCACCAUCACGACAUCGAAAGUCGGUUCUUGUCGUCUGCUGGGAAGAUCAAGUCUCACCAGGUUGUGAAAUCGUCCGAACGAUUGUAUCGUCCAUACGAGCUCAGCAAGCCCACAAGUCGGAAACCAGUCCUUGAUGAGGAAAUCAUUGAUGUUGUCUCCGUUUGAUAGUACUAGCAGCACUGAACUUUGAUAUAUACAGAACUUCUGAAGUAAAAGUAUUGUGUCUGUAUAGACACACUGAACACCAUGAACUUUAUGAGAACUGAUUACAGCUGGACUGGAUCUUGUCAUUAUUUUUUUAUGAUCUUGCCUACAUAUCAUUAUGUUGAAGAUGAUUAAAGUUUGGUUUUAUUACCAUUCUGAUCAAAACGAA